AUGGGAUUUUGUUCGUUCGCCAAGGGUCGAGACGAUGAGUCAGUCCCAUGCCCGGAUGGCUUGAAAUUUGUUGGUGGUUUCUGCGGAGGACUGCGGCGUGACUAUGUCAAGCGAUUCAAUGCGGCGUACCUGAAGUCAGAUUGGUUUUCAGAUGCCAUCUCGGCCAAAACCUUGUCAGGUGCACUCUUUUUGUUCUUCGCUACAUUUACCUCGACAAUUGCUCUUGGAAAGCACAUAAAUGAUGUGACACACGGUGUGAUUGGCAUCAAUGAAUACUUGAUCAUGAACAGCUUUUCAGGGAUGUUGCACUCAGUGAUUGGCACACAGCCGCUCCUGGUGCUGCGACCUACAGGGCCCAUAACCUUGCUGUUGGAGAAACUUCAUGAAACGAGUGAAUGGCUUUCUCUUCCAUUUUGGCCCUUGCUGGCGUGGACAGGAAUCUUUGUUGGCUUCUACAUGUUCCUCGUAGCUGCUUUCGAGUUGAGUGUGUACAUCAAGUACGUCACCUCAUUUACGGAGAACAUUUUUGCAAUGUUCAUCGGAACAGUCUACAUCAAUGAUGGGAUCCAAGGUAUGAUCCGGCUUUGGGGCACUGAGACUGCCAAUCUUGAAGCCAGAAAGCUCAUGGUCGUGAACUUGACCGUUGGAUGUACCUUGCUGGCGCUCUAUUUGAGCAACAUUGGCAAUACGGCCUGGGGAACCUAUUGUAUCAGACGGCUGCUGGGAGAUUAUGCAUUGACGAUUUCAAUCUUUAUUUUGGCCAUUGUCGCAGCAAUCCUCGAUGCAAACUUUUUUUCGGUGAACUUUAUUGCCAGUGAAAGCCUAGGAUUUUCCACCACUGAAGUUCGGCCUUGGACCACAGACUUGACCAACAUUCCUCCAGAAGGCAUUCUGGCAGGUGCAGUGGCGGCAAUCCCCAUCGUGCUGUUCUUCUACCUGGAUCAGAACAUUUCCAGCAUUAUGUGCCAGAAGCCUGACAUGUGCAUCAAGAAGGGCGCCUACUUCCAUUCUUCGUUUGCUUGUAUGGCCCUCUUCAACUUGCUUGGCCCUAUUUGGGGGCUGCCCUUUGUGACAGGCUCUUUGCCGCACUCACCUCAGUUUGUUCACGCCAUGACACAAGUGGACAAGAAUCACAAGCCCAUUGGCGUUGUCGAAAAUCGAGUUGCUCCUUUCAUUGGCUACGGGCUCAUGGCUGUCGCUUUACUGUUCCCUGGGCUGAUGAGCUUGCUUCCCGAAACCGCUGUUUUUGGUGCUCUGAUCUUCGUGGGGCUGAAGGCUGCUCUGGGAACUCAACUUUGGGAACGCAUCUUGCUGUUCUUCACUGAUCCAGAGGAACCAAUGCGUGGAGGCUACAGCCACCUCUCGCGGAAGACCGUUCUCCUAUUCACCGCAAUUCAGAUUCUGCUGGUUGUUGGGUGUUGGAUUUGUAAUAUCUAUAUUGGCCUCGGCUUUCCGAUUUUCGUCGUAAGCCUGGUACCCAUCCGCUUCAAGAUCCUGCCAUGCAUUUUCUCACAUGAAGAUAUCGAUGCCCUCCUGGCAGAGGAUCCAGCAUGUGAAGUGGAUGUGCCAGAAGAAAACGAGCCAGAGGCAGAAGAUGCGGAGAAAGCACAUGUCCAAGGAGACCUUGAAAUCUGA